AUGUCAGAAACCUUGCCGCUCUCUCCUCCAGUCGAUCUUGCACCAAGGCGCAAGGGCACUCAUAGGAGAUCAACCGUGUUGGCCCGUAUUCAAAGCUUGGUCGGGAAGCAGGGAGCCGUGCAUGAUUCGCCAAACGCGAAACCUCCCCCACGGCCGCCAGGACCUGCGAUGGCUAAGCAGCCUUCUCAGAGGGCUGCUCAAGCCCUAAAGAUCAAAAUAGUGACUUGGAAUAUGCAUGAUUCUCUUCCGAAGGGGAAUCUUGAAGAACUGUUGGGUAGAGUACCACUGUACACGAAAGCGAAAACUGAAUCGACGUCGGGGCUUCCCAAUCUACCUCUUGAAGACGUACACCCCUACCACAUUGUCGUAGUAGCUGGUCAAGAAUGCCCAUCGUCGUCAGGAAUACCUAUGGGCCUUGGCGCUGGUUUCAAACUGAUAGACAAGGAUAAAGAUAAGGAUUGGGACAAGUUUCGAGAGGACUUAGAACCCGCCAACUCCAACAGACAGGGAGACGACGAAGAUGGGGAUGAUACACCGAAGUCUCGCAAAAGCUCAGAUAACGACAAUGGGAAUGUACCUAGCGGAUGGACGGCAAUGGUUGAGCACUGGCUCUGCAAUGGUGGUGGAUCGCCGAUUGCUGCUCCUCGAUGCGAAAGUCCCACAUCAAGUACCACCAGUGGCCACAUACGGAAGGGACCUUAUACUAUGCUUAUCAAGCAAAGGUUAAUGGGUCUUUAUAUUGCUGUUUAUAUCCACCGCGAUGUUCGAAGUUCGGUCAAGGGAGCGUCCAAGUCGUAUGUAAAGGCCGGCUUAAUCGGCGGCAGAGUUGGCAAUAAAGGUGGCGUUGCGGUCAGCGUCUACAUCAAUAAUAUUACUAUCUUAUUUCUCAACGCGCACCUCGCAGCCCAUGAGGGGAAAAUCAAUUAUCGUCUAGCGAACCUGGCCAAGAUCAAGGCUGAGUUAGUGUUAGAAGAUUUCCUGUCUCCUGAUGAUCCUAGGACCGUGGCUGAAGAUAUAACGGACAAAUAUGACUAUUCCUUCAUUUUCGGGGACCUAAAUUUUCGUCUGGAUAUUUCACGUCUCCACGCAGACUGGCUGCUAUCGCAUAAAGAUUACGCCAACGCCCUUGCGUUCGACCAGCUUCGGCAGUUGCUUGAAACCAAGCAAUCAUUCGUCGGGUUCAACGAGGCUAAUAUCGAUUUUCCUCCAACAUUCAAAUACGAUGUUCUGCGGACACUUAAGCGACCAAAGCACAAAUCGAAGAAGAUUAGCUAUUCGACUAGUGCAAUACCGAUGUUAUCUGAGGUUGAAGAGAGAUACCUCGAACGCGAGAGACCUCGUCAGGAGGACAGAGAGGACGCUCGAGACAGAGCAUCCAUUGCCUCGUCCGCUUAUACAUCCAUACAUACACGCCGGGGUUCGGACGUCGAUGAUGAGGAUGAGGACCAAUGCGACGCCUCGACUUCGUCUCCCACGCGUCUCCGGUUUGGCCGCCGCGUUUCACUACAUAUCGCUGCGCAUAAAGUUAAGGAGCAAUGGUUGGCUCUAUUGGCGUCGCCUCGAGCCCACCGCCCUGCGAUGGGCGACAAGCCACUGAAGUCCCCCUCGUUACAACCCCGACCCCCCGCCCCACCUAUUGCAGAUGCUUUGAGCACCAGUGUUAGCCUCCCUAUUGGAUCCAUCAAUAUUUCCGUUGGCAGUGUUCCAGAAGAAAGGUCGCAAAGCACGUUAGCCAGGAAGAGUCUCCUCCAGCCACCAGAAAUGACGCGGAUGCUGUCUGCUAGGUCUUCGAGAAAUGAUAUGGAAGAAGAUAGCGGGGACGAAGAGGAUAAAGGCGUAUACGACUCUUCUCAUAAGAAACGUGUUCCAAGCUGGUGUGAUCGCAUAUUGUGGAAGACGACCGUCAAACCAGAAGAACUACCGGAAUCCGAUGAUCCGGAGCCCAGAAGGGGUGGUUUUGUUCAACAAUUUUGGGCAAAUCUACGUCGAAGUCGCGGGUCCACGAUCACGUCCAUUACACCACACCUCGAUAGCAACGCCCACCAAUCUCCUGAAGUUUUCCCCUCAAGCCCUCCGUUCUCCCGUUUUGUAACUCCCCCCAGCCCUCUCCCCCGCCAGUCCGUGUCGCAUGAGCAUCUACCACCUCCAACCGGAAUGUGGCCGUUUGUCCUUAGACAUGGUCGCCAAGGCGUGGCUUUACGUCGGUCUAUGUCUGUUGCCUCAGAUCCGCCCCUGAUUGUCGAAGAUCGAAAGCAUCCACAGAGGCGAGCCUCAGUGCCGGUGGGACCACUAGGCACACCAAUCCCCAACCAAGGUUUGAUUGAAAGUCAUAAAGAUGAGACACCGAAGGGCGCCAGUACGCCAAAGCGUCGGUCGCUACUGCCUGCAUUUUUUACUUGGGAUCACAAUACCUCUUCACCUUCUCAGCUCACCGCUUCCGAAACCACAAUUCGCCCUAGGAAGGGCGACGUGAUAUGCCUCAGUUAUAAUACCCUCGAUGACAAAGCAAUGCGUCGACUGGAAGGACGGAGCGACCAUCGACCAGUAGUUGGAUCUUACGCUAUCUACUACUAG